AUGACAGUACAAUAUAACCAACUUGUUCUCACUGGGGGUCCAGGUGUAUUUUUCAAAUUGCUAUUGAAAUGGAGAGGAUGUAUUUUCAAACUGAUCUACAUCGAUGUUAUUGUUUUCAUGACUUUAUACGCAUUAAUCACUUGUGUAUACCGUUUCGCUCUGUCGGUUGAGUGGCAAAGAACCUUUGAAGAUAUUAUAAUAUUUACCAGGAGCUUUCAAGGUUUAAUCCCAGUUUCUUUCAUUCUUGGUUUCUAUAUCGAUAACGUCUUUACAAGGUUUUGGAGACUAUUCAUGACCAUCCCAUGGGUGCUUAAGUUCGCCAUUUCAAUUUCUGGUCAUCUUUCUGGAAACUCUGAGCGUGCUCGUUUAAUGCGACGAACGUGCUUUCGGUACAUGAUGUCAAGCCUAAUAAUGACCUCUACACGUCUCAACUUAAUUGCCAAGAAGCGUUUCCCUACACCAGAAUUCUUCGUCGCAGCAGGAAUACUUACAGAAGAAGAGUUGGACAUAAUUAUGAGUGUUAGUCCCAUUCAUGUCCAACCGUUUGUUCCAAUAGUAUGGACUACUUCCCUCGUCACUCUCGCCGGAAAAGAAGGCUUUAUUACUAAUCAUCAUGCUUUGGUGUCCAUCAUUGAUGAAAUAAAUAACUUUCGUCAGGGUCUGCUGGAUAUGUUUAUGAUCGAUUUUGUUUGCAUCCCAUUGGUUUACACACAGGUUGUCACAUUGGCAGUAUACAUUUAUUUCAUAGCCUCACUUGUUGGUCGUCAAUUUAUAAUCGAUAGUUCGCGAACAAAUUCACAAGAUCUCUAUUUUCCUUUCUUCAUGUUCCUAGAGUUCAUAGUGUAUAUGGGAUUGUUAAAGGUUGCCGAAACACUGGUUAAUCCUAUGGGGGAAAAUGACGAAGAUAUUGAUAUUAAUGAGGUGAUAGACUUUAAUUGGAAAACUGGAUGGUGUAUUGUUGAUGGAAUGAAAACAAGCGCUCCAGCUAUUGUACGAGAUUUCCACUGGCAACAAUCCGUCAUCGAAUUACCCCACACACAGGAAUCCAAACGACUAGCUUCUCGCCCAUUUAGAGGAUCGACAUAUAAUAUAAACUUUCCUUUCACUUCUGAUAUGAUCGGAUCUGCGUUAUCUUUAUCACUAAUUGGUCAUUCACAAGAUUUAACGACUGCCCGUCAUUUAACUCGAAAUAGUACCAUAAAUAUUCCUACUAGGUUGAUUCCAUCUGAGAGCGUUGCUCCCAGCGAAACUGAUAAUACGUCGAGACUGAAUGUUUUGGAUGAUCAUACGGCUAUGGAUGCUGGGUUUUUAAGUGUUACUCCUAAUACUCCCGCAGUAAACCGUCUUCUUCAUGAACCAAUAGAGGAGGAAGAUGAAGAACGUGAAGAUGACGAUCAGUCUUAUAGCAGGUCAAAAACAACGAUGAUAAUAUAAAUCUUGGAUGAUAUGAGUGAGGAGUGUCCAUAGAUAACGAAUUAACAGAUAACUACUUUCAUCAGCAGAAGCUUGUCAUUGGCCCAACAACGCUAACUUCAGUAUUCACUAACGGACAGGUAUAAUGCUUAACAAAUCACAGUAAUGUACAAAUCUUCUAUUACUUACUCACUAAAAACAAUACAUCUUGUUACCGAACUGAUUUGCGACAUUGUUUUUUUAAUUACUUAAUAUCCUUUAUUUUACUUUUGAUUCUUUGACUGGUUUCUUGACAGAAAUAAUAUCUUAAUUCAUAAUAAUUAGUAUUGUUAAUUUUAACCCCAUAUUCUGCACAAAUUUGUGGUUACUCUUCACCACAUUACGUAGAUAAAUUGAUUUCGAAAACCGAUUGCAGGUAUACAACUGACAAAUAAUACA